AUGGAGAGGGGCACCUUUCAAGACUCUGCUGCCAAGUUAUUUAAUGUCCUUCUGGCAAAUAUUAGAAACUGUAGCGAUUUCAAAGUAUACUGUAGGGAAGUUAAUGCCUAUCUAUUAAAAAACAUUUGUAAGUAGUUUGUAAAUUGCAUAUAGGGUUGUAUUACUAUUACUAAUCUCUAUUACAUUUUUAUACAAUAUCCUUUUAUACUCCGAUAUUAUUGCUUUUUAUAUUGUAGAUUUCAAUUUUAUUUUUGUAGUAUAAUUCAGCGUGCAAAGAAAGUCAUGUCCGAUAGCCCGGGGCUAGUGGAUUUUGCUAUCGGGCUAGUGAUUUUUGUUCUUAACUUGCCCGACGGGCAAGUGCUGUUUUUUAGGGGAAAAUUCAAAUUAGAAAAGGUUUUGUAAUCAAUCCUGCUAAUCAAAAAGGGUUUGGGGGGUAGUUGAAAUGACUUGUGGGCUAGUACAUGCUAGCUACAGCUCGCCCGAAUGGCGGGCUGUAAAACUGACUUUCUUUGCACCCUGUGUAUUGUAGUUUUUCAUUUUUUAUAUUGUAGUUUUUAACAGGUGAAGAGCCACUAGGUUUACACACUGUUAAUAAACCA